GACCCUUCCCCGGGAUUGGCCGUCUGCAGGUCCCCACCAGUCAUCACCACUGACCUGUGUUUCGCGAUCCUGCUGCGUGAUUGUGCACGCACAGGUCAAGACUCCAAGAGUACACAUGUGCAGGCUAGAAAUCAAGACUUCUUUGGCCUGACCAUGCUCUCCGUGACUCAGUUACAUGCUGGACAUAAACCAGUCGGCCAUCGUGAACGUCGACAAUUUGGAGAAGAGCCGCUGCAGAGGCAGUAGGAAAGUAUUUUCGAUCGUUGUGCUGGCCACAGUGAAGCCAUUAUCACAAAGAAGAGUAUCAGGUUUGGAAGGGAGUUUUUUUGCUCCGCUGGAGAAGCUGAAGGAGAAGUUUCGUUUUUCUAUCUGUUCCAGUGGCGGUUCAUGCAGUACGUCUAAGAUUUGCGAGUAGAACUAACCAAUAUGGAGGACCUGCAGAUGCAGCUUGAAAGGACCCGAUCCGAGCUAGUGAUAGCCUGCGCACGCCUCCGUGGAACCGACGUGCUCGCCCGAAACUGUGAGGAGUUGCGCAGGGAGAAUGAUAUCCUCCGCGAGCAGCUACAAAGAUACGAGGAUGCGCUGCUGAGCGUGGAGAACAGGCUUGAAACACUGGGCAAUCUGAACGGUGGCGUGGAGACCGCACAGAGUAUGGACAUGUCUCGGCCAGUUGCCUUCAGUAGUUUGCUGGAAGAGAACCAGCGUUUGAGCAGUAUCAUUGAAAUGUACGAACGGCAACGGCUACCGGGACAAGACUCCCAAGGCAUGAAUUUCGGUGGAAUGUCAGACGAGCGUGCGGCACUAGAAGCGAGAAUAGAGGAACUGCAAGCAGAGAACGAGUUUAUUCGCGAGGAGUGGCAACAAGUACAAUCUGCGACAACGACGGCGGCGAAAGGUGGAGAGAGUUCUGACGUGGAGGUGCUUGAGCAGCGUCUGGAAAGGAGUGAAAGAGCAGUGGUGACGAAAACGAGAUUGUGCGAAAUGCUUACAGCUGAGCUGCAGAAGCGCCAACAGCAAGCGCCAACCCCGAACCAGCAAUGUUGUAAGCAUCAGGCAGAAGCGGAGCAGCUCAAUGAAAUGGUUGCAAAGUUGUAUGAGGACAUAGACAAUGUCUCUCGUCAGCGACAAGAAGACAACGCCAACUUCUCUCGGUUACGGGAGGAGAUGGAGAGGCGCAGUGCAGAACAGCAAGCCCUUAUUCAGGGCAAUCAGGAGCGUGAAGCUAUGUUGGAAAGAACGUUUGCAGCUGAAAAGCAGGAACUCACUGGCAAGCAAAGGCAAUUGCAGAAUUUAGUCGCCCAGCUUAACGAAAACUUCCGUCAAGCCAAGCGCCAGCAAAAUCAGCUCAAUGCCACUCUAAGCCAAACGCAAUAUAAAUUAAACCAGAUGACUACGGACCGAGAUACCAUACGCCAGCACCUCAACCAAAGCAAGGAAAGAGAGCAGAAGCUAUCCGAAAGACUUGUGGAAAUGUCCGACAACAUGAGCAAACUCCACAAGGAGAACAUAAUGCUGAAGGAGGUACCUAGAAUGGCAAGCGGCGGGCGUCUACCUCCAACGGGACCAGCGAUGGGCUACCAACCUGAAGGACUGACCGCACGAGAUUGUACCCCCACUCGGCAACCCGUAUAUGUGAGCGAUGGCAUGCAUGCGAGAGGUGAUGUUAGUAGAGGUGCAAGAGGCGGUGAAGCCAAACACAUGCCAUUCGCAAAGCCACUGGAUUCCAGCACCGUGGUGCAGUCGCAGAUGCACGGCGAUCGAAGCGGUGAAAUGAAACCAAUCCCGUUCGUGAAGCCCAUGGACACCGGCAGCGGCGGCGGUGGCGGUAGUGUAGCCGCCUCUGGCCACGGCGUUGAGCGUGUUUGUCCUGUGUGCAAGAAGGCUUUCAAGAUGGAAAUACAAGCAUUCUACAAGCACUGUGACAUGUGCGCAGAAAAGCAGGGCUAGGCAGGGUGCUAAGCUUGGCUUACAACGUGCAAAAACGGGGCUAAUCUUGGCGUGCAAUUGACGCGCGUCGCUAUUCAUGUUCGUACACGUCGGCUCUACUCUAGUGCAGGAAUGAUUCUGUCCUGGCCUGGUGUAGCUAGUGUGUUCACAACACGGCAGCUGCGCACCGGAGAAGCAGUGAUGCUCACACAUGGACGUGUGACCUAGGCGGCAAUUUCUGGCAGGGAACUGCAAGAAAACUUCCUGCUUGCACGUCAGUUGUACUGGUAGAUACCACAAGGGUGUCUAGGAUCAUCUCUCCGUUCACCGUCUUGAAAUAGAAUCCGCAACGCCGUUGUGUCUGGCUUCCCUGCCGAUCUUCUGCCAGCUAGGGAUCAAUACGACAAUGAAAUUGGACUGACGAACUCUUCUGAGUUCUUAUAUGAGGUUGUGUAUGCCUCAAAAUGAGCUUCGCUUGACCAGCUUUUUCUUCUGUUUUGUGCCCAUUGUCAGAGAAUAAUGAAAUGAGGAUAAUUUUGCAAUUUUUGUUCAGUUUCUCUGCUUAUUGGCGCCUGCUCAGUUUGUACGUAUGAGAGACACUGCACCGAUUGUCAUGCAUGUAAACUCUAAAGCCGCUGUUGUGCAUUGCAGAGCGAUGCAAAGCCGGCGAUUGAGAUUCAAUUUUCAGCCACUUAAUUUUCUAAUAUUCCGCAGAGCGUAAUAAUUGCGAGAUAGUUCUGGAUUGGUUUGUGUUUGUAUUUAUGGGUCAAUGCUGCCCCAUUGCCUGCUCCCGGUACGGGUCAUAUUCAGCCAGUCACGGCGGCGUACAUGUACUUGCUGCUCCUGAGAUUAAGUGUCGUUGAUAACCCUCUACGUCAAAUUGAUCUGCACAGUGCUGCAGGUCCGAAUCGGUCUAUCCGGUCCCAUCUUGAUUUCCGUGAUGGUAGAUUGAAUUCCUCUGCUACCAGUCGUAGCAGAGAAUACCAGUA